GGAGAGAGAAAAAAAAUUUGUACACAUUAAUGCUGUCCUUGUUUGAGUUUAAAAGAUAGUUUCAGCUGCCUGAGUUGCACUCUGGUGGGAGCCAACAUGGAGAGAGCUGUGGUGCAAAUCACCCUCUUUGGGCUGCUGCUUGCUUUGGGUACCACCCUACCAAACAAGGACGACUGGGACAUCUACAGCUUUCACAUCAACUCCACAGUGAACAGUCGUUAUGCCACCACUGUCAUCACAAGCCGUGUGGCCAAUCGUAUGGAUGUAUCAAAGGAAAUAGAAUUCCACGUCCGGAUUCCCAAGAACGCCUUCAUCAGCAAAUUUAAAAUGUUGAUAGAUGGCCAGGAGUACGAUGGUGUUGUGAAAGCUAAGGAGCAAGCUAAACAGCAGUACGCUCAGGCUGUGUCACGUGGCCAAAGCGCUGGGCUUGUCAGUUCUGUAGGGAGGACCCUUGAGGAAUUUAAGACCUCUGUGACUGUGGCUGCUCACAAAAAAGUCACCUUUGAGCUCACAUAUGAGGAACUGCUGAAACGUAGGCUUGGCAAGUACGAGCUCCAGAUCCAUGCUCAACCCAUGCAGCCUGUCAAAGACUUCAAGGUUGAUGUGUACAUUAAUGAGAAUGCCGGCAUCAAUUUCAUCGAGGUUAAAGGAGGACUAAGCACCAACGCCAUGGCUAAUGCAAUCACAAAAACACAUGUCGACAAACAGGCGUGGGUGUAUUUCUACCCAACAGAGGACCAACAGAAAACAUGUGACAGCUGUGGAGAUCAGGGUAUGAAUGGAGACCUGGUUAUUGUUUAUGAUGUCAACAGGGACACCUCACUGGGAGACAUCAAGAGAUCAGCUGGAUACUUUGUUCAUCACUUUGCUCCAUCUAAUCUUCCCCGCAUACCAAAAAAUGUUGUCUUCAUCAUUGAUCAAAGUGGUUCAAUGCAUGGCAGGAAAAUAACACAGACCCGCAUAGCAUUAAUCCAUAUCUUAAAUGACCUGGCAGAAGAUGACCACUUCGGUCUCAUCACUUUUGAUAGUGACAUUUUUCACUGGAAACGAGAACUUGUUCAGGCCAACAAAGAAAACCUGAACAGUGCCAAGACAUUUGCACGGGGCAUUACUGAUAGAGGAGCCACUGACAUUAACAGAGCAGUGUUGGAAGGAGCACGUAUGCUGAAUGCACAUCCCAGAGAAGGUUCAGCAUCUAUCCUCAUUCUUCUCACUGAUGGAGACCCAACCACAGGGGAGACAAAUCUUGAAAGAAUACAUUCAAAUGUAAGAAGGGUUAUCGCAGACAAAUUCCCACUCUACUGUCUCGGUUUUGGUUUUGAUGUCAAUUUUGAGUUCCUUGAGAAGAUGUCACUGCAGAACAAUGGUGUGGCACGACGGAUUUAUGAAGACUCUGAUGCUGAUUUACAGCUGACGGGUUUCUAUGAAGAGGUGGCCACUCCUCUGUUGACAGAUGUGACAAUGAUCUAUAUUGGAGCCAACAAUCUAACCCAGACUAACUUCAGCCUGUAUUAUAAUGGCUCUGAGAUUGUGGUGGCUGGUCAGAUCACUGACAACGAAAUUGAAACCUUUACUCCACAAGUUAUUGCUGUUUCGACCAGUAAAAGAGUGGUGUUUUCUGAAACAAACACCACUGUGGACUCCACUGGAACAAUGUCUGACAGCCACAUCCAGAGGGUUUGGGCCUACCUCACAGUCAAACAGCUUCUGGAGAAAGAGCUGCAGUUAUCUGGACCUGAGAAGGAGAACGUGAAGAAUGAGGCCUUGAGGCUAUCACUGAAAUAUAGCUUUGUGACCCCACUCACAUCCAUGGUGGUCACCAAGCCCCAAGGGGAGAACACAGAUGUGCUCCAUAAACCAAAAGAAGGUGAAAGACAAACGUCAGGGCUACCUUUUGGUCAACCCAUUGGCAGGCUAACCCCUUGGACAAGUUUAAGUGGGAAAGGUUUCUCUCCAGCAUCGGGUAGCAUACCAGGACCGCCUGUCACGAGAGGGCAAGGUUUCUAUACAGCAUCGGGUCUCCUACCAGGACCGCCUGUCGCAGGAGGAGGGCUUAGCACGCAAGGAAGAGGUCAGUUUCAUACUUUUGGACGUGUUGCCUUUCAAGAUUCCGGUGGCAUCGUUCCACACUUACAACGUCAUCAAAAGCGUCCUAAAGUUGAUUAUGCUGACUAUGACUUGAUGAUGCCAGAUUAUGGGGGUAUGGGUACAGGGUAUGCAAUCGUGCCCACCUAUAAGCCAACCAUUGCAGCAACCGAUGGGGGUAUGGGUACACAGGAUUUAAUCGUGGCCACCUAUGAGCCAACCAUUGCAGCAACCGAUGCUCCUCUUUACCACAGGUUUUUGCUUAAAACUGUGAAUCAAUCUCUUCCACUAUGCUUUGACGUCAGUGGAGAUGUCGGCCUUAAACUUCUUCACCAUCCCAACAGGGAGAUGUCUGUGAAUGGUGAGCUUGAUUCAGUAGCGCAUGGAGGUUUCAAAAGGAUUGUCAUCCACGUAAAGCCUGACCAGCAUAUUGAGGUUGACACUGCAGGAAUCACUGUACGAGACGGACAGAGAGUGACAUCUCACACUGGACAGGAUCUCUUGACCAUUGGAAGUGUGACAGUAAUCAGAAGGAACAAGGAAAUAGAUGUUGCAGCUGAAGACUCACGAAUGGUCAUCUUAGUCCAAGAGAAAGAUGGCGAAGAAUUCCUCUGGCCGGUUUUAAGACAGCGGCCAUCGGACACCAGCGUGACAGGAAUUUUAGCUCUAAAGCCAGCAGUUUAUGAGGAGGUGCAACAAACUCCCAUAACAAAACUUAAGAUCAACAACCAGGACAUUUCUGUAACCAGAUCCACUGCUGUUGACCACAGUAUUGUCUCUUCCCCGACUCUGGACUGCUGGCUCCUGUCUGCUGAGUCUGCCCUGCACAGACCCCUGAACGAUUUUAUCGUGUCUCAGAUUUAACAGGGAAACAUGUCGAACCACUUGCAUUUCAUUUAAAAGACAAAUAAGGCAAAAACUAAUUCAUCUUGGAAAAUAAUUUCCACCUCUUACUAACAUAAACAAAUAAACAGCAUCCCAGA